UAAUUGGGUAUCUGAGCUCAGAGUGACGUGGCCCUUACGAGACCUGGAGCUGACGCGUGGGUUAGCGUCUCCUCCUAGUUGCAGUCUGGUUGUCCUUUGUGGCUGUGCGCCGGCACGCUAUUGCCUUGAAGGCAGGCGAGCCUGUAGCACCGGGAAGGAGGAAGUCGUAGAAGCUGACCCUGAUCGGUUGCAGGUCUCUGGGUCCGUUGGUGCAGCAGAUUUCAAAGCAAAGAGAAAACGACUACUUCUGAGCCUGCAGGAAGAGUAAGCAGGAAAAAAAUCUCAACAUGGAAAAUGUCCCCCAGGAAAGCAAAGGAGAGGAGCAGGCUCCAAUGCAGAAUGAAGAAGCCCACCCUUUGGAAGGUGGUGAAGGCCAGGAGCCUGGAGAAAAUAUUAGAGCCGAUUGGGCCCCGCCUGCCCAUGAUGUGAGAGAGGAUAUGCCCAAUAGGCUUGUCAAUAACCUUGACAUGAUAGAUGGAGAUGCAGAUGAUAUGGAACGGUUCAUGGAGGAGAUGAGAGAGCUAAGGAGGAAAAUUAGGGAGCUUCAGUUGAGGUACAGUUUGCGCAUUCUUAUAGGGGAUCCCCCUCACCAUGACCAUCAUGAUGAGUUUUGCCUUAUGCCUUGAAUGCUGAGGUUAGUAAUAAUAAACUCCCUGCCUCCCAAAGUUGCAUUUUCUUUAUGUACCCUUUACUGUGAAUCUGUGAUGUUCUGUAAUUUUUCUGAUUGGAGAAUUCAUUUGACUUAGUCUGAAAGUUUUUCUGUCAGCGGGGGAGUUUCACCAACUUGCAUGGAAAGAUGUUUAGUACAUAGUGUGAAGGUAAUAAAGCAGUUUAAAAACCAGUCUAUAAAUACACUAUCUCAUUUAAAAGCAUGCAUAAUAUAUGUGUGUGUAUCAGAAUGUUUCUUCUUUAACUUUUCUUGAUUACUUAUUUUUUCUCAUUUUUCCAAAAUGAAUACAUAUGUAUUAUACAUGUCAGGCAAAAAGUAAGAGGCAAAGAACUUGCCAAUUGACUUAUAAAGGGAAUGGAGACAAUCAUUAAAUGCUUCAGACACAAUUUAAAGACACAUGAAUCUUCUAUUACCUCUUAUAAUAUAAUCUCUUACUUGGAAGCACGAACCUGGUCAUUAUUACAGAUAUGUUUCUUUAUAGUCAGCCUAUUAAUCUAUGAAUGAAGAUAACAUGCACACUCUCUAGGUGCUCUUCAUAUUUAGAGAAGGGCCCAAAAAGUAUGUCUAUCAUCAAGUCUAAAUGCCAAGUGGGUGACACCUUUUUUUUUAAGAUUGUAUUUGUUUGAGAGAGAGUACAAACGGGGAGGGGCAGAGGGACAAGUAAGUAGACUCCCUGCUGAACAGGGAGCCCAGCAUGGGGCUCCACCCCUGGAGCCUUAGCUGGUCAGACACCUGACUGAGCCACCUAGGCACCCCUGGGUGACACCUUUCUAUACUUAGGCUUCUGUGUCUCCCUUCUCUAGAUAAUGCCUUGACUGCUAAGCACUCUUUCCCCUUCUCCCUUCCUUUUGGCUCCCUGUGCUGGUCCCCACCACUACUGAUGUGCUAGAGUACUAAAGGUGACAAAGACCUACUGAUUUCUCUUGAACCAUCAAUGAUCUGAAUUCCCAUUUUGCCCUUUCAGAAAUGUGGAGAAUGCCCUUCCUGCUUUGUAGUUAUUCUUAAUCCAAGCGAGUACUCCCCCAGUGCUGCUUAGGGAUCCAAAUAGCCCUUUUGUUUUUUCUCAGACUUUCUUCUUUAUCCCCUAAUAAAAUCUGAGUGACAUUCA